AUGGAGCCCCUUGUCUUCACACAAAAGUUUGAUCCUCCCAUGGAGCCCAUGUCUGCACAGAAAAAGGCCUGUUCCACUGUGGCGGGCGCCAUUCGGAGCCGUAGUAGCGGCGGUGGCGGUGGCGGUGGCGGCUGCGGUGGAAGCGUACGGCGCUGCGCCGGAGUGGAACGGAGCGAAGCAGAGGCUGAAGCCACAACAACACGCCCGCUCGAGCGCUCUUACAAGUUUGAAGCCCCCUGCCCUUCGACAAGGGCUAAUGGGCACAGUUACCAGGCGGAAAUACAGAUUCUUCCGCCCAACAUGCCUUCUUCCUCUGCUUCUUCUUAUUCCUGA